AUGGCACAACUAACGCUUGAAAGUGCGAGGGGGAAAAUGAAAUUUAAAAAAUUCCUUCACAUCCACAAACAUCGCUUGGAUGUGAAGCCUCUGGCGUCUUUUGAAGUUGCCAAAGAAAUGAAAUGUACUGCAAGCUGUACGAAAAGUGAAGAAUGUUUCUCAUUUAAUGUCAAGAAGUUGACAGCGAACAGUUUUCUGUGCGAAUUGCUCAACACAAGUAAAUAUAUCGAUGCCGAAAAUCUAACGCAGGACAACAGCUUUUCACAUUACUAUUUACAGGUACUAAAUGAUUAAUUAUUUUCUUCCAUAAUAUAUAGACACUUCUCAAAUCUGCUGGCCAGGUAGUUCAUUCAUUCAUUCAGGUAGUUGAAUUCCUCUCAAUUUCUCUUAUUUAAAAUGGACUACAUUGGCACAUUGCCCGCGUUGAUUUCAAGCUGUCGUUUCGUGAAACGUGUGUUUUGAGUUUGUAUGUUUGUUUUUUUUCUUACUUUGUUCAUGUCGGGGGAAAAUAUUUCCAAAUCACAAAUUCAACCCAUUGACAUUUACUGUGUAUGUCAAUAAUUUAACCCAUUGAGUUUUAAAACUCGAUUCAAGUUUUGAGAUUUUGGGUCUGUUCAUGCAACGGUCGCAAAAAAGUUCUGAAAAAAAAGCUAAACUGUUUGAUUUGUACAGAGUUUGAAAGAGUCAAGAGCCAAGAAGCAAUUUUUUUCAACGCGCGUAUUUGCGACAAAAAGUGUUCAAAACCUAAAAUCUUUUUGGCGUUCCUCUCAAAAAUUACUUUUUUAAGCUUUAUUUUGCAGUUUACACAGUUAGGAACCUUUUUAAAUGUAUCUGGCGGUUGAGAAACACAUAAUUAUAGUUAAAUAUUGUCAAUUUAGAUACAAAUAUCAUUGAUGCUGUAAAAUUGACGCCAUAUUUAUAUGCAGCAAUAUAAGCAAAAUUUACUGAACUUCAGACAUCAUUUUCUCUUUGGCGUACCAUCUAAAAUCUCUUCAUUUUAACCUAAUUUUACAGAUAAAGCACUAAACAUACUUUUUAAGUUUGUUUGCCGCUUGUGAAAGGUAUGACAAAUUUUAAAAAUUGAAUAUAGUCAUAACGAAGAGGAAAAGUAUAUUCAUUAGUUUGAGCGCGCGUGUUACGUAACAUACAAAAGAUUCUCCUCUUAAAAAUUUGGCUCCUUAAACUCAAAAGGAAGCGCCAUCCAUUCCUAUAGAUUUUAGAUCAAUAAUAGAACCACAAAUGUGAUAUCAUUUCAGGAUCCAUGCGUUCCAAAUCCGUGCGUGACUGGGAACUGCAAGUCUGACAAGAAGGCAGAAUUCAUAUGCCAGAAUUGUCCUGCAAAAAUAACUGGUAAAAGAUGUGAUGUAUGUGCAGGUACAAGAAGAUUUUUCUAUCAUUUCUGCUUCGGGGCUUUAUGGCUGGAAUUCCUCAAAUCUUCUUCCCUGCACAGUAGAACUCCGCGUUCAACCUCGUCCCCAGGGCAUUUUGCCACCACGGCUGAAGGUCGGCGAAAAUGCCCCUCAUGGGAUCGGCUGGUCACAUGACACCCAGAAUUUCUGGGUGUUUUGAUACGAUAAUUUAUGUGAACAAAGAAAUUGUUUGUUUGUUCACAAAUAAUAAAUGAGAAGUAAGGAACAAUUUUCCAACUUAUUCAUCUAAAGGCUUUAUCUUUAGAGCAGUAUACUUGCCUUCUUAUAUCCAUGAGUCCGACAAACUGUCACAAACACAUAGCAAGACAAGUAUACAAAGGACGUAAGUGAGUCUUGACUAUACUCUCGGACAAUGCAGUCUCGAUAUUUUCUUAAGUUUGCCGUAUCAUUUGAAGACAAAAAAAUUUAAAAGCACUAGAGUUGUUUGAAUAUAGCUCACACUGCAAAAGAAUGGACCAUUUGCAUUAUAGACUAAAUUUUGAUCUAGACAAAAAUUUCAUCACAGCUUGAAAGAGCAUCACAAAAUUAGUAAUAUUCCAAAGUUUCGUUGCGAAAUGUUGUAAAAUGCGGAUAAUAUAUCCUUGCGAAAUUUGCAAUUUUCAGUCAUUUUGUAUUACAAACGGGAAAUUGAUGCCCCAACACCCGAUUGGGCUGUCAAUUUCCCGUGCGUAAUACAAAAUGACUGAAAAACGGCAAACUUCGCAUGGCUAUAUUAUCCGCAUUUUACAACAUUUCGCAACGAAACUUUGGAAUAUUACUAAUUUUGUGAUGCUCUUUCAAGCUGUGAUGAAAUUUUUGUCUAGAUCAAAAUUUAGUCUAUAAUGCAAAUGGUCCAUUAAUGCGUUUUGAACUGGCUAAUGGGAUUGUAUGGAAUUGACCGACCGAUCCCAGGACAAUUGAAAUACGGUUUUCAGUCCUAAACAAAAGUUAGAUAACUUUAAUUAUUGUUUAAACGAAAUUAAGACGAUUAAUAGCAUUCAACAUUUGUUUUUUGUCCAAAACAUGGAAUUUCAUACAAUUUGUAACAAGCAGUUAAUCAGUUUGUUAGAUCAUGAAGUGUGACAGUCAUUUCAAUUGCUCAAAAUACUUCACACUUCAUUGAAUCCUGGGUAAGCAGGACCAUAUAAACAGCCGUUUUCGGCUAGAGAAAUCACAAGAUAAAUUCCGCUCAGCGCGGAAAAUUCCGCCUAGUGAAAAACGGCCUUUACCCGUUGAAGGUUGCGUAAUGGCAGUCGAAAGCUCGUUGAAGCAUUUUAUAUUUUAAAUCACAGAGCGUCCAGAAAAACGUAAUAUGCACCGUUGUUGCGCAUUUUAAACCACCCUGCCUUUUAUAUAGGUCCAAAUCACAACUUUGCUUUGGGAAAGCCAACAGAACAAUCGUCUAUCUAUGUCAUCGGUGCAUACGGAUCAUUCCCGUCCAGUCUGGCUGUCGAUGGAAAUACAGGUGACGCUUAUAAAAGCGCUGAAAAUAAACCUCAGUGUAGCAUGACGCACGGUGAUCUCAAGGCUUGGUGGCGAGUUGAUUUCGGUGAAACAAUCCCCGUGGCUCGUAUGGCUAUCACUAACCGUGGUGACUGUUGCUGGAGUCGCUUGAGAGAUGUCGAAUUAAGG